ACGGUCUGGGACAGUCCCGUCCUCGCAGCCGCUGCCUCAGCCCAGUGGCUUCCCAAACAUGAUCCCUGUCUCCCGAGGGAUCAUCCCUGUCAGCUGACACGGUGGGAAGGAGGGAUCCGGGGCAGAGAUGUCCGAAGCCACAAGGCAAAGUCUCCAUGUGCACACAUGGAGCCAUCACUGACCUUUGGUGAAAGAAGGGCUCUCAGACUCUUCCCUGGCACUUUCUGCAUCCGUAAAUCGAAGCAAACGUAACUUCCUCCUUAAAGGGCUUCAAGUUCCACAGCUGGAAAGUGAAAUAUCCAGGGCCGAGACCCCAGCUGUAGGUGUUGGCCAUGACUGCAGUUUAUCAAGCACUGCACAGAAGAGCUCCCUCUCUCCUCUGCAGGUUACACUCCACCUAUGUUAGAAAAAUGAGAUACUUAAAUAAGCUAAAGGAAGAUGACAGUCUUUGUAGACAAGCCCAGACCUCGGGAACUUUCUACCUCUUUCACAAUCUCUCCCCCUUCCUGCAGAAAGCUGGGAAGAAAUAUUUGGUGCCACAGCUCAGUGCAGCAGAGGUGCGACGGAUCCUGGAGAAGCUCCCCGAGGCUGAGCAGUGGCUGGAGAAGUCGGUGCUGGUCGGUUGUUCAGAUGAGCACACACCACACUUUGCCUUGGACUUAGCAGGGGCCUUGGAGAAAUCAGUGAUUGAGUGUGAAUUGCAGGGAUCGUUCACUGACCUCCGAAAGGCUCUCUUUGUGGUGGAUGGGAAGGAUUGUCCUCUGCUGGCUUCGGCCCAGUCCCUUCUCCGCUGGCACGAUUCCCACCAGUACUGUAGCAAAACUGGGCAGCCCACUCAGAAAAACCCAGCUGGCAGCAAGCGUGUCUGCCAGGCCAGUGGAAUCACCUACUACCCCCAGGUGUCUCCAGUGGUCAUCACCCUGGUGUCCGACGGCAGCCGCUGCCUCCUGGCCCGCCAGCCCUCCUUCCCCCCGGGCAUGUUCACGGCUCUCUCGGGCUUCUGUGACCUGGGUGAAAGCGUGGAGGAGGCGGUGCGGCGGGAGGUGGCAGAGGAGGUGGGGCUGGAGGUGGAGUCGCUCCGGUACUCGGCGUCCCAGCACUGGCCCUUCCCCAGCGGCUCCCUGAUGCUGGGCUGCCACGCCCUGGUGGGAGCACAGCGGGCUGAGAUCAGUAUGGACAGCCUGGAACUGGAGGAAGCCCGUUGGUUUGGCCUGGAGGAAAUCAUGGAGGGCCUCAAGAGAGAGCCCAGAUCUUCAAAACAAGAUGAUGGGAGUUGUUUACCCUGGUUCCCUCCCAAACAGGCCAUUGCUCACCAGCUGAUCCGUGAGUGGGUGAGGCAGCAGAGUGCCCAGGCUUAGGCAGGGCUUCAUCAAGUCUGGGAUUCCACCAGAACCAUGAAAGCUCCAUAGAAAAGCUUCCAAAGGCACUGGAGGCAAAGGCUGUGUCACAGUGAGGACACCCUGAUGGCACUCUGAAACUCAGAUCCACUGGCCUCCAAAGCCAUGUCUGAUCUGAUCACCCUCAGACAGUCCCACGUACCCUGGGGCUCCUCUGAGAUCCACAACUUGCAGUAAAUGCACAAUAAAAUUCUUAGUUCCAAAGCAUCAAACUUGCUGUGAUCAGCUGACAGUGAGCCCAUGGCACCUUUGUCCCUUUUUCCUCCAUUUUUCCCAUCUUGGAUGGAUAUCAAAAGCACAGUCUUUCCAGAAAAAAUAAAGGGACAGUGGCAUCAUCUUUAUAUGGAUCUGGGAGAGCUAUCAAAAAGAAGAAGAAAAGCCACUGCUUGUAUGCUCUCCCUUUCUUCUGUCUCUCUUCCCAUUCAGUCUUCCAGUUUCAUAUAAAACAUCCAGGUUUGGUUGGUUUUUUUUUUUUUUGCAAAUGGGCUUCUACUCUGUUGAUACAUCUGAGCAACUGAAAAUAUCUGUAGAGGCACCAUUUUCCCCACCAGUUGCUCCCAUCCCAAGGGAGAGAGAACAGAGCUAUCUGGUGGUAGACAGAGGAAGAGCAAAACCUACACAAAGGUGUAUUAGAAGAACCCAGAUGAUGCAAAGGUGGCAGGAGCUGCUGCAACAAGGACUGCACUUCCAACAGGGAAAGACCCUGAAAGGAGCAGUGCCUCUUACCCUGAGGCCAAGGUCUGUGGCUUGCCUGGAGAGCUGGUCUCGUUUUACUGAUGGAAUGGUACCAUCUCUGGAGGGAGAGCAGCAGAGACAGUGUGGGCAGGGCAAGCUUAGUGCCAGAGCCAGAUGAAAGGAUGUCUGAUGUGCUGCUGAUCCAGGCUGACAGUCCUUUGUGCCUGCUCAGUCAGAGUCCAGCUGCCAAGGCUGCAAAGCCCUCAGUGUGGGGACUGGGAGGGGGGACAGGGAUGUGUCCCUGCCUGCACCGCUGGGAUUCACUGCAGGGGGAACCUGAGUCCUGACACCUGAGCAGGGAGCAGUGAAAAAGGCUUGGCACGCUGCUGAGACACACUGUGUGUCCUCAAGUUGGUUUUACUUUAGGAGUUUGGGAGGGGAUUCUUUCAGACAUAUUCAAACAGCCUCCCUAGCCUGACUCAGUCAAUAAAAGCCCCGUGUCAGAGCGUGUCUGUCAUGCCUGUGAACUCGAUCUGUCACUCAGCCUGGGAGGAACACACUGCAGUGCAGCCAAGGGCACUGCUGCCUCCCCUCAGCCAGCCAGACACACCACAGGAGCCCUCACACCGCUCAACUGCAGCAAUUCCUGCAGCCAGUUUCCUUUGGGACAUGGCUCACAGCCUCUCUUCACAGCAGUUCCUUCUGCUUUGCUCUCCCAUCACACCACUUUAGGCCCCCAGCAUUUCUCUCUUGCUCUCUCAUUUUUGGAAACUGCCAUUUGCAGCCUCACUCCUUUCCUCCCCUUCUCUGCAGUACAAAGUAUUGAAGAGUUAAAUACCUGUCAGCAAGAUAUUCCAGCUCCUCAUCCUCCUUCCUGCUUCUCCUUUAGCCCUCCCAGUUCACC